AUGGCACCAUCACAACCCAUGCCACACAUGGCCGAGCCUGGCUCUCCUAGUCUCUUAGUUGCCCGGAACCACUCACUCCCAUCUCGCCAACAUGCUCAGCCACCAAUGCAUUCGCUUGCCUCGUCCUCUUCUGCUUCCUCCACACUGGAAAUGGCCUUGUCGGCGAGUCCGAAAGUCAGCUCUCUCCCGCCACAACCACCGCUGCAGGCUCCGAUCAAGCCAGCCACCGCCUCUUCGAUAUCUACAUCGGCCCUCCCGACAGAGAAGAGUAAGCCCAAAUCGGUCAAGCGCAGGUGGAAGCCUAAGAUGAAUGCUGAAGCAGGUCCAGCUAUAGCAAACGCGCCUCUGCCUGCGGCAGCCAACCUGCAAUCUAACCGAGGCUUCCAGGCUGCCGACGGAGCUCUGCCUCAGUACGCAUUGCCGAGCGAGCUCUUCGCCAGAGCACCUUGCUCGCAGGUAAUGCCGCCUCCCGCUCCAACUCAAUCCAUAGCUCCGAUGGGCAUUCGUCGAUCUGAAGAGCUUCAGACCCCUUCGCCUCCUCCUCCUCCUCCUUUCGCUUCGCAAACGUUGUCGGUCCAAGAGAGCCCAGAUCCUCUCAAUCUUCUCUCUCCUCACGCUCACUUGUCACUCUGGCAACAACAACAACACAGUGCGCCAUCCCCACCGCCUCAGCCUUACAAUCCCAACGGCUUCGCUCAGCAUCAUCACCAGCACUUGACACCGCAGCAACACGAUAUCGCGAUGGUACGCGCUCAAGCUGGCAACUCAUCCCCUUCGAGCAAGCCCAAGGAUGCAGCACCUGCAGACAAGCCAAAGAGGAAGCGUACCAACAAGGUGAAAGUGGAGCAACCCGCUUCCACACCUACCUUUAGACUAAGCAUCGACGACUCUUCGCUUCCAAACUCUUUUCAUGCUGGCCUGCCUCAAGAAUCGAGACCACCCAAACCGAACAAGCCUAAGAAGCCCAAGCUAGGGAACAACGAUCAGCCAAUGCCACCUCAGGUGACUGUAGACAUUUCUCUACCUCUGCCCAACGCUGACAGUCCUUUCUAUAACGGCCACUCGUACACAUCCUCUGCGCAUGACUCGCACCUCGAGCAGAAAGAGACAAAGAGAAAGAAGAAGAGCAAGCGAAAGAGCAAGUCGUUCUCGGAUUUGGUCAACGAGAUCGUCGAAGAUAGUGACUCUGGCAUGGAUGCCGAAGGAAGCGAUUGGGAUGAUCUCAACAUUCUCGAGCAUUGGGAUGCAGUUCCACCCAAUGAUGCCGAAUCUCUCUCCGAAGGUCCAAAGAGCUCAGCAAAGAUGAGCAACGGUCCCGUCAAGAGCUCACAUCGCAAAAUGCCCAUCGCCAAGCUACAAGGUCUGAUCGAGGAUCUCUUUGAAGCCGACGACUCUUUACCGGAUCGUGAUGUUCUACAAGACAUGCUUCCAGGUCAGAGCCUCUCUGCCGCCGCCGACCCCUUCUUCGAGGUCAUCGAGUCGCCUUCCUCCACUGGCGGCGAGUCUCGCUCCAUCUUAGUGUUGCGAACAGCUGCUCUCCAGAAACUUCUCAAACUGAUCGUCAAGUGUUCACGUCCACAAACCGAGAUCGCAGCCUUGACGGCCAGGACCGAGUCAGCGACCGAGUCAGGACUCAGCACGAUCCCGAAUGCCGACAUCACUCGCCUUCUUGCAAUUCUCGAACGCACUGCACGAAUUGCAGAGGAUCUCGACCCUUUCCCGUCUCAAGUCAACCGAGGAGCUGCAUCUGAGCCGGCCUCCCCAACAAAGCCAAAGAAGGCUCGCAAACUCGACCGACAAGGCAAGUCGCCUUCAAAGAUACCCGAGCCGGUACAGACACCUGACCGCAAUGGUGGCGAUCUAGAUGCGGCACAUGGAGCGACGCCAGUCGGCGACAGAGACAUCGGCUCUGCUGAUCAAGAGCUCGACAAGGUCAACGCCACCUUCUCAGUCGUCGACCAUGCUAUCUUGGCUGCAGAAUGCAGCCUUGGCUUCUUGACCGGCGAUGUGCUUCCCAAGCAGAUCCUGUCCGAAGACCACAUCCGCGUUUGCUUUGGGGCUGUCAAAACCUGUCUCGAAAAGGUCAUCCUGCCGUUCAUCGAAGCAUGUUCGGGAAGCUCUGCUACUGCCCCGCAUCCUGUUCUUGUCGCUCUCAUCGAUGUUCUGGCACCACAAAAAGCACGCAAGAAGAAAGCAACUGCUGCCAAUGCAGAGGAGCCGACUUCUAGCACCGCCAUCAUAUGCCGCAACACUCUUUCCGAUCUCUUUGCCCAUCUCUGUUCGGCCCUCUUCUUCGUCCAGCGCAUGGUCCGCAUGCCAUCCAUCGCGCUCUCUGACUCGAUCGUCAUCAGUGCUGUCUACCUUGCUCUCGGUCCCUUCUUUGUGCUCGAGCCAGAGGCAGCCAGCGGAGGCGCUAGCAGCGAGACUGCCAAAGCUGCAGCUCGUGGUCGUUAUGCACUUGCAUCUCUCGGAGGCGCCAACUCUAUGAAGACCUUGCGACUGCCAGCGCUCAAUCUUUUGCGCAGUAUCUUUGCCAAGGCGCCUGAUCAGCGACAGUGGAUGAUCGAAGAGAUUCUUACUUCUUUGACCAAGCUGACCGACAUGAAGAAGAAUCGUCGCCAGUACAGUCUGCGCAACGGCAAAGGCAUCCACUCGAUCAAUGCGCUUCUGCUGCAGCUCAUUCAAGCCGCCUCGCAUGGCGUUGCAAGCUAUGCCAAGUCGACAGCGGACCGCCUCUCCAAGGGCAAAGAUGCAAAUGGAGAGGAAGAGAACAACGGAAUCGAAAUGCAGGAGGCGGAAGCUGAUUCGAACCGAAUGCAGGCGUUGGAGGUCGUCAUUGAGGCCUUUAACGCUACAUCCGGCUCCGACGCGAACGACGCUAGGGAGGCCGAGAUCGCCAUCUGGAGACGAGGACUUGAGGGUGCCAAUCAGUCUGCUCGAUCUAUCGCAGGUUAUCUCAUGCAACGCAUUGGCCAGACCAAGGUAGCCAAGUCGUCGCAAGAGAUGAGCUAUGCCUACGUUGUCGAGUCGCUUAUCCAGGAUCUCCUCAGUGCACUCUUCCUGCCGGAAUGGCCUGCUGCAGCAUUGAUGCUGAGCUCCUUCUGUCGUGUCUUUGGCACUUAUCUGGAAGACCCAAAAAGCCAUCCUGAUGCCAAGGGUGUCGCGCUCGAGCAACUCAGUCUCGUCGCUGCUAGGCUACGCCAGAGUCAGCUCCAGCUGCAACCCGCUCCAAUCAAAGCCCUUCGCAGUCCGAACGACGAAAAGAGCCCGCAGCUCGGGGACAGCGAUCCGGACAACUCUGCACUCCAGAGAGCAGGACCGCAGAGCCCGAGAAAGCGACCCAAGUGGACAAUGUGGGACUACCUUUCGAUGUUGAGAGCGUUGCGCGAAGGAGAUCGAUAUGCUAUUCAGGAGUUUGUGAAAGCGUACAAGUUUAUCUCGCGCUUCCUUGUCAAAGCUGGCAGCGAGGACAUGUCAAUGGAAGGCGCUCUCGAGUUCCUGCUAGUGCAAGCCGAAGGCGACCUCGCCACUGCAUGGGCCAAGGCUGAGGAAGACAAGCAGGCGCUCAGCAACUCCAUGGACGACACCGCAGUGCAGAUCGCCAAGCUCCAGCACUUCCGUGAAGAGCUUGACGCAGCAAUGUUGACCCUCUCAGAGCUUGAUCCGACCCUUGGCGACACGUCGCUCGCUGAUUUCAACUCGGACGAGAAGAUGCUCGAGAAGGCAACGGACCUCUCUGAACGUGUACUAGUCGCCAGCAGCUCCAUGAUCUCGUACAAUGUACUGAAGGACCUGCUCGUUGAAGGCCUCAACAAUCCCAUCAUUGCGAACCGCAGCAAGGCCUUGCGUGGCAUUGACCGCAUCGCACAAGUCGACCCCGACCUGCUCGACGAGGAUGCCAUGCGCAGCGCGAUAGAGGUCCGUCUGCGCGACUCCAGCAACACAGUCAGAGAAAGCGCGGUGGCUCUGUUCGGCAGCUACGUUCUCAGAAAGCCGCAGUACAUUCCCAAGUACUACAAGCAACUGGCUCUGCGAAUCCUCGACACAGGUCUGUCGGUACGAAAGCGCAUGGUGCGCCUUCUCAAGAGUUUGCACGAAGCAACUGACGACCAGCACAUUCGCAUUGAUGCGUGUGCUCGUAUUGUUCGCUGCAUCAACGACGAAGAUACGGUUGUCCAGGACAUGGCCAUCCUCACGAUUGGCGAGAUGUGGCUUGACCUGGACGUCGACGCUCGUCGUUUGUACACCCGACGAAGAGGCACUCCCGUCCAAUCGACGCCGACUCCAGCUUCAGCAGCAGAUGCUACUGAAGCGAAGGAUGGCGACAGAGAAGAGCCUUCAAAGCCAGCAGACGAGACGAAUGGACGGGCUGACGGUCCACGGCCCACGGAAGAUGAGCCGACUGAAGAGACAGAAGCGGACAAGAAGGUCACGGAUACGAUUGAGAUCAUUAUGGCCGUCGCAGAUGUCAUCAAGGAGCGCCCUUCACCGCUGGAAGAGGUGUUCCGACGUCUCUUCAAGGACAAGAGUGAAGCCGAGGCCGCUGAACUUCACGCCAAGCUGCAGAAGCUCGGCGACUCGAUGAUUGACAGCCUGGUCGAAUCAAGCGGAGCAUCGGAUGUCGACACAGUCAAGCGCAUCCGCAUCGUCCAGCUGCUCGUCUCCACUAACCCUGCCAUCCUGACCAUCUCGAAGGCGAAAUUGCUACUGCCAUAUCUCAAGGCAGCGCAAACGAGCGAGGAGGUGCAAAUCAUGGACUUGCUACUUAGGAUCUUCCGCUCAUGUCUACCGCACAUGCCAAAGACCGCACUCGCCUUCGCCGAGUCCCUUGAGAAAAGCUUGCGACCUCUCGUCAACCGUCCGCCACCCAAGGCAGGUCUCCAUCUGCUGCAAGAGCUCAUCGCAUGCUACUGUGCCGUCAUCACGACUCAUACUCACAACUUCAAGCUGCUGAUUCAGACACUCAAGGCGUGCUUCGUACGUGUUCAGGCUAUGCGGCAGAUGGCGCUCAAAGGUCAGAAGGUCGAAGACAACAAGGCAUGGAGCACGCUCAUGUCGCUCACUGCUUCCUUGUGCGAGCAUGCCAACUUUGACGACAUUCGCAAGAAGCAUCCCGAGACAGCGUCCGACAUUGCUGCGCUUAGCAAAGGUCCGCUCAUCGAUGCGGUGUCGAAAGCUCUGCUUGACAUCCACAAGACCGGUAGCGAGGCAGUGCGCUCCGUGUCGCUGCAGAACUUGGGCUUCAUUUUCCGAGCCUAUCCGACUCUGAUGACUCAGCAAUCCAUGACAGCGAUGAUGGAUGACAUCUUUGCUUCGGGCUUGUUGCAGGACCGUGCAACGUUGCUCAAAAUCAUCUUGGACUUCCUCAGCGCUGACUCUUCGCGCCGCAAUCCGGACAAUGCUGUGGUCAACGUGGGCACAGGGCGCAGAAAGCCAGAGAAGCCUGAUGCAGGCAGCGUCGACAUGACGAUCCUGGUUGGCAAUACCGAGACUUUCGCAGACACGGGUGUCGGCUCGGCGAUGAUGCAGCGAUACUCGGAAGAUGUGCUCAAAGCGACGCUCGAGAUAUCGAAUCCUUCGCUCCAGCGCACUGCGAUCGAUAUCUUACGCUUCACAGUGCUGCAGGGUCUGUCGCACCCCAUUCAAUGUGUACCCUACCUCGUGUCGCUCGAGAUGCUCGAAGAUCGCAAGAUCCGCAGUCGAGCCAUGGAGUUGCACAGCCACUUGGCAUCCAAGCAUGCCUCGCUUGUUCAUGCGCGAUUCUUGGACACUGCACGUUCCGCUUUCCGCUUCCAGCUGCAGCAGACUUCAGCGCAAACAUUGCGUGGCUUCCGCGUCGACUCGAUGCCGACCGCGGUGCUCGGUGCUUGGUACAGUCUCUUGCGAGACCGACGUGCAACACGACUCGACUUCCUCAAACAGAUUGUCAAGGCGCUCGAUGUCAACACUGCAGCUUCAGAGUGCGACAUGCAAGAAGUGCUCUUCACUCGAUUCAUGGCAGACAACCUUGCGACGCUGGACUACAAGACGAUGGAAGAGCUGUUCAUUGUAAUUGGCGAGUUGCGCUCCAUCUUGGCAGUAUCGGGUAUGCAAGUGCUGUACAUGAUCCAGCCUCAUUUGCCGAAGCAGGAAGCGCCGGUUGGCGCCCCUGUCAGCACGCCGCUGCCGCCUAUGGAUGGUACCCAGACGCCACCUCCUCCUCCCGGUGUAGGUGCUGUGCCUGGUAACGACCUGACCAGCCCCUUUGGCAUGUCUCGCAACCCUUGGCUUUCCGGCGAAUGGCAGCUGCAGCUGGCAAGCGAUGGACCACAGUCCUUCUCUGGUACGGUAGACCCGACGCAGAUCUUCGGCCAGCCGCCACCCUUCGCAGCGAUGGACGGAGAUGCAGCGAUGGACGGAGAUGCAGCGCCGAGCAGUACCAGUCAACCCGCCAACCCUUCAAGCGGAACGAAGGACGACGAAGCAGCAGCAGCAGGCUCCAAAACCCAAGUCGACCCUGUUACCAUGGCCCACAUGUCCAUCAUCUCUGGUACCGCUUUGUUGCUGCGGAACCACCUCAAGCAGCUCUACGGUCUCAGCGAGGCUCGAUGUGCCAAAUUCAAUCCGAGCAAGAAGCAGAGUGCAGGUGCGGAUAAGCCCGCCACAAUGCGGGCGCUAUCGGAUCCCAUGCAGGCUGCACUGGAUCUCGGCGCAAUGCCCUUCGGGUUAGAGGAGGUAAAAAAUGAUGAGGAUGCUCAGAAGCAGAUGUUGGCGUAUGCAGCGAUGGUGGAGAAUGAGGGCACAAUGAUGGAACCUGAAGAUCCGGAUGCUUUGGAUGAUCUUGCGCUCUAA